AGCAGGGAGUGAGAGGGGGGUGGGUGGAGGAAUGGCGUCGUUGCGGGGCCCGAGUGGGGAGUGAGGGCGAGCGCCGAGUGCAGCCGCUCCCUGGGAACAAUGAUGCCCGGAGAAUCCCGCUCGCAGGCGGCCGACGCCGUGACCGCGGGCUCAGCUUCCUGCGUGAACUGCGACACCUUGCAGCAGGAGCCAGGAAUUCCGGAAGUUGAUCCUGGAGAGGGUUUGGGGGAGGAACAACAAUCAGGCACGAAUUUAAAUGAAUAUGUAACUGCAUUAAUAGCACUGAAACAAAAAAUCAUUGAUACAGACCACGUUCUGACAGAAUACCAGAAAAAAUGUGAUGAGCUUCAAAAAACAGAAAGGGAUUGUAAAACACUUCGAGAUCAACUGGAUGAGUUGUUGCAGAAAUUUGCACCUCUGGAAAAAUGCAAGGAAGAAAUGGAUGCCAUGAGGGUGGAACUGGAAGAAAAGAGGAGUUCCAUCAAGAUGUACCAACAGACCCAUUUAGAGUUCAAUGAAUUGCAGCAAGAACAGGCAAGAAAUGAUGCUGCGAAGAAGAAGUUGGAAAGUCGGGUAAAAAGACUGGAAGAAACAACAGCAAAACAAAAUGCAGAAAUAAAGCAAUUGAAAAGAGAGAAGACAACAUUAGAAAGAAAUCUGAAGAAAACUCAGGAAAAGUUGACACUUCAGCAGAAGAAUGGUAUAAAAGUUCUGAAAGAUGCACAGACACAGAAUGUCCUGCAGGAUGUUGCAACAAGAAUUGACACCAAUAAAGUAAAAGUGUUACUCGAAGAAAUAUGGAAGUGUAUUGAAAAACCCAGUGUACAAGAGAAGCCAAACAAGAGCCCAGGCAAGAGAGGACCUUCGCAGAAGAAAACUAAGAUGCUUAGAAGUAGUCUAAGUAACCCAAGUCACAGCAGUCCAAUGGAAACUUCAGAGCUGCCAACAUCUUCACUCCCAUGUCAAUUGGAGUGCAACCAAGAAGAAAACAAUUUCUCAAAGAUGGAUGAGAGUUUGGCUGAUGAAGGACUGAAGAGCAAUGGUGACAGUGCCUUCUAUGAUGACAAAACUAUAGAGCUAACUCAACACAAAGAUCCUACUGACAGUGCAAACACUUCAAGUAGUGAUAUUGAUAGCGAUGAUGGUGAUGAUGAUGAUGAGCAAGAUGCUUUAAGCCGGCAGCUGCAAGAAAUACUUGAUUGGACUGAACCUCUUCCUCCUCAACUGUCUCCGUUGCCAUGUUCUCCUUCAUCUAAAAAGCAAAUCCUGUUUGGCGAUAUUACCGAUUCAAGCGACGAUGAAGAUAUUAAUCUUCCUGGAAGGAACUGCAGUGAAAGUGUAGCAGAGACUGAUCAAGUGGAUAAUUCUGGAUGCACCAAGGUGCUGACAACUGAUCAGGCAUCCCUGAUGGAAGCAGGCAUUUCUGCAAGUGUGUGUGAACAGUUACCUGCAGAAAAAAUGGAUUGUUCUGAGGCAGAAAUUGAUGAUCUGAAUGAGCAAUGUUCAACAAAAACUGAAGUAGAGGCUGAAUUUUCAGACUCUUCUUUGAUUGUCGAAGAUGCUCAGUGUAGAAAUGAGAACGGCGCUGAAGUUCAGUCCUUAUUUGAGGAAACUCCAGGGAACUGUGAUGUGACCAGAAAUCCAGAAAUGUGUGAUGUUGAUUCUGUCCCUGUUGCUAAAAAUGACACAACAUCUCCGCAAUACAAUUGCAAUGCUGAUGUGAAGAGGGAUGAUGAUACAGAAAGUUCAGAAAACACUGUGGUUUCAGUAGAAUCUAAUCUUGAAACAGUGGAACCAGAAUUUGAAAAGACGCAGCCAUGCAGUAGAGAAGAAUAUGGCGUAGAAACUUGUGUUAAAGAAGUGGACAAGGAACAGCUUGUGUCGGAUGAAGUGCCUGCUAGUGGACAGUUAGAAACAACAUUUGAAGCAAUGGAGGUGUCAGAAUUUAAUUGUAAUAGUCUUACAUGUCACAAUCAAAAAAGUGAAGGCAUAAUAACUUCAGUGCUGGCCACUGAUAUGGAGCACACCACAUCAGAAUGCACGACAAAGAAGCAAAUUGGUAUUAGCACAGGGGAAGAAGAAAUAUCAUUUUCACAGCUGAACAAUACAGAAGUUGACAGUGUUGCUCUGAUGAAUAACUCUGACGAAUGUAUUCCUGCAGAGGACAUGGAGGUAGAGGAAAGGAAUUGCAAUAGCUUUACACUUGACAGGCAAAAGAGUGAAUGUUCACAGAUUUUGUUGCAGCCAACUGAUGUGGAACUUUCUCAAACAAACUCACUGACAACAGAACAAAAUCUUAACAAAAUGGAGGAGAAAACCCCAUCAGCUGAGACUUACUGUUCUAAAGAAAUUGAUGUUUCUCAGCACAUGUCUGAGACCUGCACUGCUACAGGGUGUGCAGAGGUGGAGGAAGUUACUUUGGAUGGUUCCAUGUCUAAUCACAAAGAUAAAUGCAUACUGACUUCAAUGUCAGUCACUGAUUCUGAGCAAACACCUAAUGAACUUGCUGCAAAAGAUCAAAUACAGGCAGUAUCAUCGCUAGCAGAUUUUGAGUGUCCCACAGAAACCAGUAUAUCCCAGGAUAAGGCAAAGAACCAUUUUUCUCCAUCGGACAAAGAAAUAAACAUCAAUUCUGUUGGUCUAACAUCAGAUAAUCAAAAAGAUGAAGACAGACUGACUUCUGUGUCCAUUGACACUGAAGAGUUGGAUGCAAAGGAACAUAAGGAGAUUGACAGAAUACAAGAGACCGGAGUAGUUGGCAAGUUUGACAAUUCUGUCAUAGCUCAGGACAGGUCCAAGGACCAUUUCGACACUGAACAUGUGGUAAAAGGCUUAGAUUCCACAGCUUCUGCCUUUGACAGCCCUAACAAUGAACCUGUAGUACUUUCAGAGCCUGAAUUUAUUCAACAGGCCGAAUCAUCCUUUAUAAUAAAGGAGAAAGACAGUUUCAGCAAACUCAAUGAGGUGUCUUCGCAUGAAUCUGACUGCUCUGAUGUCAUUCAAGAGAGUUCCAUUUGCAGUACAGAUACGGAGAUGGACGAAGUAGAAUUGAAUAGUUCUACAUCUGAUGUAACAAACAAUACAUGUACACCAACCUUGGUACCAUUCAGUACUCGGAUGACUGAAGUGGAGACCACGGCAAAUGGUCAAGAUUAUCUUAAAAUGAGAGAGCUGCCUUCGCCACUUUUUGAGUUUGACAGUUCUGAGAUAUCUGGUGUUACACAGGAUCAAAGCAAAGACUAUCUUUCAACACACAUUGUAGACCUGGAGGAAGGUAGUUCCAACGGAUCGGCAUUUAUCGAAUGCACAUUGAUUUCAGUGCAGUCUUCCAUAGAAGAAUCCGAAACCAAGUCCAUAAUAGAGGAAGAUGGCAUGAUUACCAAAACUAGUGAAGCACCUUCACCCCUCGAGUCAGAUUGUUCUUCUGUUUUGACUGAUCUUGCUGAGGACAAAUCCUCAGAUUGUACUUUUAUGGGAAUCUCCAGCAAAUCUGAAAAGCCGAAUUUCCUUUCCACAGGAUCAGAAUCAACUGGAGAUGCUCAAAAAGUAGAAGACCUUGUUUGUGAAACUGCAGUUGACAAAUGGAAUGAAGAAGAAGAUAAAGUUGUGGAAAAUGAAAAAGAAGAAUGUCACAUGGGAGAGAUAAGCAAUCAAGAAUCUAGCACAGACUCAACUCAAAUUUGUGAGAUGAAUCUGCAGAACUCUGAGGCAGAAGCCUCUGUGUUGGUUAGAAAAAUCAAAAGAAAGCAAUGGCAUUCAAAGGUUCUAACUCCCGAGGAAGAAAAGCAAGAAGCCAUUAAUCAAAAGGUAGUUGAACUAGACACCACAGCUGAUGUUAGCAUGCGUGAAAGCUCGUCUCAUGACGUCGAAGCUCAGAUUGUGAAUCAGAAACUCGAAGCUGAACACCACACCUUUUCUGUUCAUGGCCAUGUUACAGUUCAAUGUGACAAAGUACCUUUUUCUUCCGUCUGUGUAUCAGAAGGUACUGAAACUAUUUGUAAAAUUGAAAGUGUAAUAAAUGCUAAGGAAGAUCAAGUGGCUAUUCAUCCUGACUCUAUUGAGAGUAAAACUGAGCCAGUAACUUUGGAUAAAGAUUUUUCACAAGACAUCUGUCAGACUCCAGCAAUCAAAGAAAAUGAUUUGAAUUCUGAAGGUGACAAACAUGGGGAUAAUACUGUGUCAAGAACAUAUGGGGUUUCAGCUCCAGAUUUAGAUACCCCUGCGAUAAAGAAUUGUGAGAAUGAACCUCUUUCGGAAUCGAGCACCAACACUGACAGGUUGUUAGGAUGUGCACGUAUAGAAAAUAAAUGUUUGGAAAACAAUUGUCUGCAAAAUGAUCCAGAGAUUGUGGAGAAAUUGAGAAACUCUUCUGACGUUUGUUUCAAUAAAGACAAUGACAUGAAAGAGAAGGAUGGCUUGCAAACAGACAAGAAUACCAUUGGAAUUGUACACAAAAUGCCCAAUUGCAUCUCAAAUGUAAAAACAAUGAAUAAUUCUACAAAUACACCUACGGAGGGAAUCUCUGGUCAUGUACAUCUUGUACAAACAGUAGACAGUUCAACACAAACUGAAUUAAUGUGUGUUGGUUCACAAACUGUGCUUUACACUAGCAGUGAUCUUAAGGCUGCUCCUCAGACAGAUAUUGUUGAAGCAAGUAAAGUAGGAACACCAAAUGCAAAACAACAUUCUAAUUAUUGUGAUUUGUGGAAUCCAUCACUUCCAGAUGUUCCUUCAGACCAUCGCAGAUCCAUUUACACAGUGGCUUCACAUGAUACAGAGGCAUUAUUUGAAAGUACAGUUGACAAUUCAGUGGCUAUGGAAUCAUUUGGAACUUCAGAAUGUGAGCAUGCCUCUAAAAAGACUGCAAAAACCAAAAAAGUGCAAUUAGGUAGAAGAAUGCCACGAAGUUUGGCUGAAGGUGAUGGAGAUCUGCAACCAGAGGAUGUUUUACAAAAAUCGAAUGUGCAGUCCACCUGCAAAAGUCGUGCUGUUUUAAGAAGAAACAGAAGAAGUUCAAAUUUGAACAAUCCUCCUGUACAAGCCAGUGCCGACACUUCUGCGCCAGCAUUGUGUACACAGGAAAUUCAUCAAGUCAUGUUAGAAAUGGGAGACCCUUUGCCACCAUUACUGCCACCACUCGUAGCUACACCACCAAGAGCUGUAAGAGCUGCAAAACCGAUAUCCCCUCUUAUUACAACAUCUAGUACAGUGUCUUUAUGUUCUCCUGUGGAUGAUUUGGCUUCACCUUCUAAAGAGACUACAAAGGCUGCUUCAGUUUCUCCUCCUUUGGAUUAUACCCAACAGAAGUCUCCUUUGAUGCAGUCGCCAUCCCCAUUAGAAUUUGGAAGACAUGAACGAAUCCAGUCUUCUCCAUUACAGUUUUGCACUGCAACCCCAAAACAUGCUGUACCUGUGCCUGGGAGACUACCUCAGUCUGCAUCAACAUCUGGGAGUUCAGCUUUACCUCAAGAGAACUCUGUAAAAAUUUUGGAUGCUAUGUAUCCCAACCUAUCUGCCCGUGCAAGAACUUUGAACAUUCUCCGUGGAAAUGUUCAACUCAGCAUUCGUAGCCCCACAGAUAGUGAGAACCAAGCAGGAGCAGUGAACCAAAUCAUGGGGUUCAAAGCAAUUAAUUCUUCUGCAACUGCAUUUGUUAAAGCAGGAAGUAAUUCCAGAUCUGAAGGCUCAAAGCCUGAUGGAUAUGAGAAGGAUUUAGAGCAGCAACACCCAGCUGUUGCUGUUGUGUUAAGUACUGUGGAUAGGCCUAAAAAAGACCAAAAGGGUGCCAAAAGAAAUGCAGAUGAUGAUGGGUCAGGAAAAGCUAAACGAGUGAAAGUAGAAAACAGUUGUCAAAAUGGCGAUAGUACUACUGAUUUAAUCAUAUCACAAGAGUCCUCAACUGUAAAUGUUAUUGACACAACCAAACCACUUUGCAAUGGGCUAAUGGAACAAAAAGCUGGAUAUAAAGCUCAAUGUUUCUCCCAGCCUCUUGAAUCUAUUAAUUCAAGUGAAGAGGCUUUAGCUAGUGCCUUAAUGAAAAUUACCAAGUCCUGCUUUGACCUACUGCCUGUUAUUCGCAGUCAUGUAUUUGUUGGGAAUAUUCCUCAUAUUCCAGUAUUACGUGAUGAGGAAAAGGAAGUGAUUUGUGAAUUGAGUGGUAAUAAGGAAUUAACAGAAGCUUUAAUGAUGGCUAUUCUCAAGAAACUGAAGGUUGAGCAAAUGACCCUGGAUGGUAACUGUCUUCAGGCACUUUCUCGAGUUUAUGUUGCAAUCUGCCGACAACAAGGAGAUCUCGAAAGAGCUCGUAUCCUCUCCUAUAAUAUCUUAAAAGAAGAUUUUCCAGAUUCAAGCAAAUUGUUGCUGCUCAUCCUGAGUGUUUGGCAGAACAUAUUUUCUACGCAAGGACCAGUCAAUAAAGCUAUGCAAGCUGUUGCCAAGCAACGUGCCAAAGGAGAUGUUCUGAAUUGUUUGAGUGCAUACCUCAAUUGGGAAAAGAAUUCCCCCCUAGAUAUUAGUCCUUUGGUUUUGAGUUUCCUUAUUGCCAUGCAGCAGAGUCCUAAAGUGGGAUUCCGAACAAGUAAUGAAUACGGCAUGGAUUUUAAUGAUGAUAUGUGGGAGCUGAUUUACGCGAUAGAUUUGCUGUGUUCUCAACAGCCGUGGUCAUGGACACACAACAAUUUCAUAAGGACAGAGGUGUGGCCUGUAAUGGAUAAAUGGAUGAAACGCAGAAGAGGACAAGCAAAUAUGCCAAAUGUUCCAGAUGCUACAGUGGCAGGCGUCAUGAGACUUAUUGGACACCUGGGGCAGCAAGGACUGAAGAAAGAAUCUUUAGUUGCUGUAAGAAACAUGGCUGCAGUGAUGAACCAGUUUCUCCAGCAGGCUUUUCAAGAAGUCCCAUAUGCUGUAAGUAAACUCAUAACGCCAUCAGGAAGGGAAUUGAAAAAUUUUGACCAAGCAACAAUGAAGGAGCAGCAAUCUUAUUUCCAAGUCAGGAUGGUGAAUGGCAUGGAAGGAAUCUUGCAGAUAGUGAUCUUCCUACAUAUCUGGUGGCCUUGUCCUUCUCAAUGGUACUGGUCACAGUGGAAGUUGCUGUCUCAGGACCUUUGGCGAGCCUCUGCACUGCAUAUUGAAGGUAGGACACACUGAGGCCUCUGAAUGUCAGUGGUAGAGUGAAUGUUUGUGGAUGUGUUGCCAAUCAAGUGGGCUGCUUUGCCAUGGAUUGUCUCAAGCUUCUUAAGUGUUGUUGGAGCUGCAGAGUAUUGCUUCACACUUCUGACAGGUGGUACUAGGUGUAAUCCUGAGACACUUGAGGAACUGUUUUUAAUCUCCUUCCUAACUCCCUGAGAUCUGAUUGCAGGACCUUUAUUCCUGUUCCUACCAUGUUGUUUGUGCCAGUAGGGACCAGAACUUCUGCCUAAUACCCAACCCACCCCCAACCCAAAGCCCCCAGAAGGAUUUCUGUGAUCCUGGCACCAGAGGAGCAAUGCACCAUCUCGGAAUCACAUGCUUGAUUCCCGACUAUGGAAUCUUGUAUAACUGUUGCUCUUCUGUUUUCCUUUCUCCUCCCCUUUGCAGCUGACUCUCCCAUGGUGCCAGAGUCUUGGCUCUCUUUGCACUUCCUUGAGACACCGUGGUUCUAAACGGUUUUCAAAGUAGAAUAACAAAUAGCAAACAAGAUAGACUUGGGAACUCUUGCACUACUUGACUGGUUUUUCUAGACUGCGUAGUAAUCAUCCAUUUCCCUCUCCACUAGUACGCUUCUACUCUGCAGUGUAGUGACCUCCUUAUACGUGCUAUCCACAUAGUCCAUGCCUCAUAGGUUCAUAACAGUGACAUCUCUGCACAUGUUUUGUCUGGGACAUAUAGUAUGUCCAUGACUUCACACAUACCAUAGGUUGUACACUCCACUUCUUUCUAAUUAGCCAGCCUGAAUUUUAAAAACUAUUUGUUACUCUUGGACUCUCAAAGAACUAGCUAUGAAACUGAAUGAACUAUUUCUCAAAAAGAGAGUGAAAAACAUUGACAUGUUUAAACACAAACUAAGUACCCAAUGUUCACUAUGAAGAUUGGCAAGCAUGUUUGGUCACUAUAUUUCUAAUCGGCUGCUUUCCCUGCAGUAGUGACAUCACACCAUUUUUGGUUGUGCAAGCCUCUCAAUCCAUGACUUAAUUCAUCUCCUGCUGUCAUCUCAACCUGGAAACCUUUUUUAACGGUAAACCUAUCUUUGACUUAACUUUGACCCAAAGUGCUACUUACUCGCUCUAUCUCUCUCUCAAUUUGGCAAAGUCUCCUUCACUCUGACCAUGUGGCUUAUUUCAAAAGGAAACCAUGUUAACCAAUAUAUUGAAAUUCCUUACAAAAACAUGUGCUGUGGAUAAAGGGAAAAUGUGGCAUGUACUGUACUUAGAUUUCCAGAAGGCUUUGAUAAAGUGCCAUGUCAAAGGUGAUUGCUUAUUAAAUGGAGAAAAAGCAUUGGCAUAGAUGUAAGAUUAGAUAGCUAACAGGAAAAAGCCUAGGCAUAAACAGGUCAUUUUCUGGUGGCAAGGUGUGGAAAACACUAAUGUCUGUGGCACACAAUGCAUUACAAUCUAUAUAAAGGCCUGGAUAAAGGGGCCAUAGAUAUGGUUACUAAGUUUGCUCAUGGUACAAAGGUUGGUUGAGAAGAGCAAAUAAGAAGGCUACAAAGGAGUAUUGAUAGCUUAAGUGAGUAAGCAAACAUCAGGCAAAUGGAGGAUAAUGUGAGAAAAUGCAAAAUUGGCAGUUAUGGCACAAGAGUGAAAAAGUAAGGAAAUAUCUAAAUGUUGAGAGAUUGCAGAACUCUGUGCUCCAGAGGGAUGUUAGUGUAGUAGUACAUGAAUCAUAAAAGAUUUGUUUGCAGAUCUAGCAAGUAGUUUAUUGUUAAUUUUGUUAAAGUGAGAUUAUCAUUUAUUGCAAGGAGAAUAGAAUAAAAAGGUAGGAAGGUUAUCCUUCAGUUAUAAAGUGCACUGGUGAGACUGCAUCUGGAGUAUUGUGCACAGUAUUGAUCACCUUAUUUAAGGAAAGCUGUAUGGAAGACAAUUCAGAAAACAUUUACUAGUCUAAUACCUUGAAUGAGGUAGGGCUGUUUUAUGAAGAACAGUCCGACAGACUAGACUUGUAUUCUCUGGAAGAUAGAGGAGUAAAUGGCAACUUGAUUGAAAUAAAUAAAAUCCUGAAGGGUCUUGGACAGGAUAGAUAUGGAGAACAUAUUUCCACCUAAGGGUCUAGAACCUUGAGGUCACUGUUCAAAAGAUUAGGCAAAAUCUUUCUUCUGCAGAUUGAGUGUUUUUCAAACACUCUCUUGCUGAAAUGGUAGUGGGAGGAGUGUUGUUAAACAUCUUGAAGAAAGGAAUAGACAGAUUAAUGUUAAGCAAGAGAUUGAAAGGUUAUGAGUGUCAGUCGGAAUAUGGAUUUGAUGUUCCAAUCACAUCAGUUGUGAUCUUAUUGAAUGGCAGAACAGGCUUAAGGGGCUGAAUGGGUUACUCCUGAUCCUGAUUUGUAUGUUCAUAUGAAUUACGAACGGUUGAUUUGUAAGCUAAUGGAAUGUUCCCAUUCAUUGCAAGGGAAAUUAAAUACAAGGGUAAGGAGGUAAUGCUUCAGCUAUACAAGGGCAUUUGUGCGUCCACAUCAGGAGUAAGAAUAAAAGCAAAGCACUGCGAACUGAAAUAAAAUCAGCAAGCUCAAUGGGUCUGGCAGCAUUUGCAGAGAGAGAAGUUGAGUUAACUUUGAGUCCGACAUAACUCUUCUUUGGCACUAGGUUCUGAAGGAGAGUCAUUUUGGAUUCUAUGUUAACUCUGUUUCUCCCUCCACAGAUGCUGUAGUGCAUCCACCACUUUGCUACGGAUGCUGAGUGAGAACAGACUAUGUGCAAUAUUGGUCAACUUUAUUUAAGGAAGAAUGCAUUGGAAGCAGUUCAGAGAAGAUUUGCUAGACCAUUCCUGGUAUGGGUGAGUUGUCUUGUUGAACAGGGUGAGCUUGUAUCUACUGGAGAUUAGAAGAGUAAGAAGUGACUUGAUUGAAACACAUAAGGUCUUUAGGGUGUUGACAAUGUGGAUGUAGAAAAAUAUUUUUCCUUUUGUUGGAGAAUAUGGAAUUUGUGGUCACUGUUUAAAAAGUAGGGGUUUCAGACAGUUGAGAAUUUGCUUUCACCUCAAAAACCUGAGUUUUUGGAGGUCUCUUUGUCAAAAGGCAUUGGAAGCAGUCUUUGAAUAUUUUAACAUGAACAUAGAGCUAUCAGGGUUGGUGGUGGGUGACGUCGAAGGUAGGGAAGGUGCAUGACUGUGGAGUAAUCCAAUUAGCCGUGUCUUUAUUGAAGUGGCUGAUUUGUACUCCUAAUUUGUUCAUAUGAACAUCCCCAUGCAUGUAAAAUUGCAAACAAGUCAUUAGCACAUGUAAAUUCGAAUAGAAGAUCGUCUGAGAAAUGGUGCAGGCCUCCUUACCUGCAAACCUUAAACUGGAGGCCCAAUAGAUUCUGCACUCUGGGAUGUGGAUCCUAAAUACGUGCAAUUUGGCCAAGAUUAGCCUCUUCAAUGGAGACCUCCAGGAAAUCAAUUUUUUCUUGAAUUGAUACUGUCCUUAAGAGUACGAGAUAUGGGAGCAGAAUUGGACCACUCAGCCCAUUGACUCUACGAUUAUGGCGGAUACGUUUGUUAACCCCACUCUCCUGCCUUCUAACCGUAACCCUUGAUUCCCUUACCAAUCAAGAACCUAUCUGUCUCUGUCUUAAAUACAUUCAUUGUCUUGGCCUCCAGAGCCCUCUCUGUGGCACUAAGUUUCACAGAUUAACCACCCGCUGGCUGAAGAAAUUCCUUCCCAUCUCAGCUCUCAAGGAUUGUUUCCUGUCCUGUAAGAAGGCAAUGAGUUGAAUUUCAGUUUCUGCUGUUAUUAUCAAUUUAGGAUGAGAGAGUAUUAUCUUUGAAAGAAUGUAUUCAUUAUCUACUCCAGAUCAGACUAGAUUUUAUCCUUUGUAGUGAAAAGCAUUCAGUCUGAUAUCAAUUUGAUUAAAAACAGAACAUUCUGGGAUGCUUAGUCAACCUGAGCUGUCAGUAAAGAAAAAGAAGUGAAGUUAAAAUCUUGAACUUGAGCAUUGACCAGUAAUAGAAGCUGGCAAGUGAAUUAGCCUUCAUAAUGAUGGAAUAAAAGACUAGAGUAGGGCGAGAAAGACGAUGAUGGAUUGAACAGGUUAAAUUUUGUCCUAGCGAUGAAACAGGGAAGGUGUGCAGAGAUGGUGGGUCAUGAUAACGCACCUGCUGAAAUUGAAAUUCAACUCAUAAAUGUGGAUUAUAAAGCUAUUCUCACUAAUGUUGACACUGAGAAGUGGCAUAAGGGUUUUUUCAGCAAUCAGUCUGGUUAAAUUCACUCUUAUGAUCUGUAUGUCCUUGUUUGCUAUGGUCUGCUGUACUGCUCACAAAACAAAGCUU